ACAAAUAAGUCCCUGUUACCAGAAACUGUCCCUAUUACGAGAAACUGGGCCAUUCUGGCCAGGACAGAAGGCUGGUUGUCCUGGCUGCUCUUCCAGAGCAGGGGGAGGAGCCUGCAGGGAUAAAUAGGCGGCCGCAGCUCCAGAGAAUCCAGCACUCCAAGUCAGCUCCUGAACUGUGAUCUGCAUGCAGCUCUCCGCACAGGGCAGAGUGGAGACGAUGUCGCUCCUCCUGGCUCUGGGGCUCUUGGUGGCUGGCUUCUGCCCUGCCAUCUUCUGCCACCCAGGGGGCCCAGCAGCCCGGGAGACUGUCCCCGAGGACAGAGACAACGGGAUGCAUGUGGACCACCUCCGACUGGCCUCCAGCAACGCCGACUUUGCCUUCAGCCUCUAUAAGCAGCUGGCUUUGAAAGCUCAGAACAAGAAUAUCCUCUUCUCCCCCAUGAGUGUCUCCACCGCGCUGGCCUUUGUGUCCCUGGGGGCCCGCAACACCACGUUGACAGAGAUCCUCCAAGGCCUCAAGUUCAACCUCACGGAGACCCCUGAGGCAGAAAUCCACCGGAGCUUCCAGCAUGUCCUGCGCACUCUCCAGCGGCCCGAUGACCGGCUGCAGCUUAGCAUAGGCAACGCCCUGUUCAUCCACGACCAGCUGAAGCUGUUGUCCAAGUUCACGGAGGAUGCCCGGGGCCUGUAUGCAGCUGAGACCAUCACCACCAACUUCCAGGACCCCACAGCUGCCGAGAGGCUCAUCAACGACUUCGUGAAGAAGGAGACCCAGGGGAAGAUCUCGGAGCUGGUGCAGGACCUAGGCUCGACGACCAUGAUGGUUCUGGUGAACUACAUCUUCUUUAAAGCCAAGUGGAAGAUGCCCUUUGACCCCCGUGACACCUUCGAGUCAAGUUUCUACCUGAAUAAGAGGGAGGAGGUGCAGGUGCCCAUGAUGAGCCUGGAGGGCCAGCACAUCCCCUACUUCCGGGACGAGGAGCUGUCCUGCACCGUGGUGGAGCUGCCCUACACAGGCAACGCCAGUGCGCUCCUCAUCCUCCCCGACAAGGGCAAGAUGCGCUCGGUGGAGGCUGCGCUGCUCCCGGAGUCGCUGAGGCGGUGGCGAGACUCCCUGCAGCCCAGGCGGAUAGACGAGUUCUACCUACCCAAGUUCUCCAUCUCGGGUGACUACCAGUUGGAAAGCAUCCUCCCUGAGCUGGGCAUCAGGGAGGUCUUCUCCCCAGAGGCAGACCUGUCAGGAGUCACGGGGGCCCAGGACCUGCAGGUCUCCCAGAUCUUCCACAAGGCUGUGCUGGAUGUGGCUGAGAAGGGCACAGAAGCCGCCGCCGCCACAGGAAUAAAGUUUAUCCUGACAUCUGGGAAAAUAGACCCAGUGAUCCUGAGCUUCAACAGGCCCUUUCUGAUGGCCAUCCUGCCCACAGGGAUGGACAACACGCUCUUCCUGGGCAAAGUCACCAACCCCAAGCAAGCCUAGAGCUCCCCACUGAGGGGCUCUGGUGAGGAGCCAGGGAAGAGGUUCCAGUGAGCGUCCAGGCCUGCCUGGUCUGUGCCUACUCGGAGGGUGCUGGGACUACCUGUGCUGAUCUGCACACACAGGGAGCCUUCCAACGGCUUCUUCCGAGGCCUCCUGACAGCAGCAAGCCACCUUCCCAGACGCUUUCCUGUGCUUCCCUGCUGAGCGCCUGCCUCCCUGACGUCUGCCUGUGCCCCAGAGCCAAGGCCCCGACCUCCCAGGGCCACAUGAGCUCUGGCCGAGCCCACCUGAGCCUGGGGCCCAGGACUAGAGCCCUCUCUUGGCCCCAGUGCCACCCUCCACCUUUCCCUCACCAGGACCAGGCUCCGCCCGCUGCUGCCUCCUGCAGGGUCUCUGGCCAUGUCCACGUAUAGCUCAGGCCCCGGGCCUGUGAGCACAGUUAGAGGGAGACAUGGGAAGGGAUGGUAUAGGACAUGUCCGGAGUGGCCGCCAGGACAGCGCGCCCCAUUGCUUGGCAGCUGUUCCUCGAAUUUGCAAGCUCAGAAAUAAACCUGCCUCGAAUUACCUUCA